GUUAGCACUUUACAAUGGCUAUAAAUUUUAAUUACAAUUAUCCACAAGUUGCGCGUGAGGCCGGUUUCAAGCUGCGCCAAUACAAGGAUGGACCUAUAGACUGGCGUAUCUUAGGUUCUAUCGAAAUUGAGAGGCUUUUGCAAGAUCAACGACUCGAGCAGGUGGACGCCCUAUUGGCUCAUCUCUCCGAAGCGCCAUUGGCCACCAUACUAGAUACAAAUAUCUUAGACAGCGGCAUUGCCAAGUACUUCGUAGUCUCCCAGUUUGCCAUACAGUACCUGCUCUUCUGUCGUAAAUUUCUGGACGAAACAAUACGUGAGUUGCGCGAGGCGCAUGCCAAUUCGCAAAUGGAUGUAGCGAAACUGCGCAAAUCGCUGGUCGAAUCAAACAAUGAAAUUUUACAGCUGCACAAAAAGAUCACACAAAUCGAGGCCAUACAUGAAGUGGUAUAUCCAUGUCAUAUGUGUACAAAGAGCUUCAUCAGCAAUGAAGCGCUAAAUAUACACAUCAACCGGCGUCAUAUGACACGUGUGUCAAAUAGUGGAGUGGCAAAUAUCGGCAGCGCUGUUGGCAGCAAUGUAGGCGGCAUAGCUGAACGCCGCACCGACACACCCGCCAGCGGAAAUACAAAGGAGCGUGAGCAUAAUGACCUGCAGUUGAUUAAUGCUAUCAAGUUGGAACUGGAAAUUAAGCAGCUAAAAGAGCGUCUAAACAACGCAGAACGCGAUAUACGUGAACGCAGUGCGGUUUCCUCAAAUAGCAGACGCGCUUCCACACGCGAACCACCAAAAGCUUUGAAAAGCGUAGCCAUACAGAGCGAAUUGCUCGAGACAAAGGAGCAGGAUGAUGGCGCAGAUGCCACUCUAAACAGCAUCAGUACGGAUAGCAGCGAAGUGAAGGAACGCAAAGCGCAAUUGAGCAAACUGCAGUCGAAAAUACAAGAAUUCGAAGUGUGGCGCGAGUCGCAGCAGGUCAAUAAUGAAGAGUGCAUAGCGGAGAUAAAUCGUAAGCUUGGCGAAAUUGUGCACACGUUGGAGGAGACGAAAGCUACACCAGUGACUAUCAUCACACCUGUCGAACCGAAAGCUAAUCACAAGGCAGCGGAUGCCGAUGACGAUGCAGCAGCGCAACAGAGACGCGGCUCACCCUCGGUAGAAGAUCUCGAGCGAUUGUUAACACAGAAAGUUGUUGAAAUUGGACAAAAAAGCGCCGAAAAACUUGAGGAAUUUGUACAAACCAUGGAAAAUAACUAUAAAGAGAAGUUGGAUGAACUCGAGCGCGAGAUAAAAAAGUGUAAUCAAGCAGAGUUUGCGCGAGUGAACGUAAUGAAAGAUACUGUCAUGAAAGAUACUGUCAUGAAAACUGCAGGAGAGGAAGCAUUGCCAUUAACAGCUUCUACACCAGAAAUGAAUAUGCUGCCGCAUAACAUCACAUAUACUGUGGAUGCAGUGGAUCCCACUGAGAGCGAUUCCAGUUUAAGUGCCGAGCGCAAGCCUGAACCCGCAAAGCGCAUGCCGCGCAUUAAAUGCAACCCAACUGCAGUACCAGAACUGGAUGUUAUCGAUAAGCCUGCAAAUAAUGAUGAAACAUAUGUUAUUAACGAAACUGGGCAUGGAGAAAAGACGACUUUAGUAAAGCCAAAGCCAAGUGCGCGCAAACACAGAAAUGUUGAAACAGCUUUGUCCAAUAAAAAAAAGUCUUUGGGUGAAGAUUUGUAUUCGCUGAGCACGGAAAGCAACAGAACAUUUGUGAAAGCAGAAAAGGCUGGCGCUAUGGUGAAAAUUAAGGAAUCACAAAAAUCCCUGCUCGACGCAAAGGAAAACGACAGCACAGACAUUACGGAGACCCUAAGUAGUGAAAGCGAGAGUGAGGGAAGCAGCAGCAAUACAGAGCCAGAACCACUUCCUACGGCGCCAGUAAAGCUCAAACAAAAAAUAAAACUCAAGGAACCACUAAAACAAAAGCCUUUCACUCGAAAUAAUGCGCAGCGAAUGUUAAAUAAACGAUUAUUCGCAAUCGGUUUAGAGCCAAAGUCAAAUAGCAUAACAACAGCAGCAAUGAAACGGCUAAAUGCAGAACUUGCAGACAAACGGCAUAAAUUAAAACAGAAAUAUCCAAAUUUCCACGCAACGCGUAACAAGAUCAAGAAGCUUGUGGACAAACUUUGCUCCACACAACUACCAGCGCCUGUCGAAGAUAUGCUCAAGCACAACAAACCAAUUAAACCACGAACAACGUACGAUGUACAACUUGAAGAGAGCAUACCACUCUCUUCUAACGCUGGUAGUUUUGAAACUCUCGAAGUCACUUCCACGCCAAUUCAAACACCACAAAGUUUACGCGAAAAUGAUGCAUUCAAACAGCGUUUGGAACGCAUUCUUGCAUCCCCAAUGCGCCGACCAAACUUUGACGAUGGACGAGUGAGUGAGCAACUAACGACUGCACAAGUGCAUGCAUUGCCAAAAGGAGCGCCUAUACCGCUAACGCGUAAACGUGUUAUGUUUAAUACGCUUAGCCAAAGCGCUACCGUAAGUGGUGCUACAAGUGAAGUUGAACCUGGAACUGGUAAAGCCAUUGCCAAGGAAUUAAUGUGA